GCGAUGGUUGCACAGUGCUGCGAGGCCAGCAUGUUUGAGGCAAUGUGAAACAGCACUGGCCUUUCACGUUGGUGGGCGGCCACAAUUCGUCGCUCCCCGAAACAAACAAGGAGAAACGCAGAGAAGGAAAGGGUCUGUAGCCACAUGCAAUCAGCGGCUGUGGGCGAGGUGCAUGCAGAUGCGGGCGAGCGGCAUGUCAGUGUUUGUGUUGUGUUUUUGUUGAUGUUCGUGGGCACCACCGUCUGGGUCCGGGGAGCGUUCGCCGUGCCGUUCGAUUGGAGGUUCGGUGAGGCAGGUGCAGCCACUAGAUCACGUGAACGACUCUUAUGUAAUCAAUCACGGUCCCGCAUUAGAGGCGGACGGGCGGCGAAGCAGUUGACGACGAUGAUUCUGCCUGGAGUUAUUCCAGUGCCUUCUCUUGAUUCCCACAGGCAAACAGGCAAACCGUGGUACACCUUAAUUGAACCUUCCCCUCUUACUUGACCCUCCCCAAAAUCCAUCUUCACUUAGCUUCACUGGAUCAGAGCCACCCCAUCGUUAUAAACCCCGCCUCCACCGCGUCACCGCACCUAACCAGCUACACACCACUAAACCAUCCACAUCUCAACCGCCACCAUGAAGAUCACAUUCAAGGUAAUACGCCGCCGCAUUGCUCGCAUUUGAGUGAAGCUUACAC